AGUUCAAGGGGGCCGAAUACUUUCGCAAGGCACUGUAUAUUGACCUGUGGUAUAGUUAGCAAGUGGAGAAGCAUAGUGCAUAAGGAAAGUUCCAGAACACCUUGAUAGGAGAGGCACAUGUAAGCAGAUGAAGAAAUUUGGCUAGGAUGGAAGAAAUUAUAUAGUAAAACCUGAAAAAUAGUGAAUGUAAACCAGGGGAAAAAACGUACUACCCCCCCUCCAAAACUACACAGCCCUCCCCAAAGCAAAAAAAAGUUAAGCAACCCUCCUCUAGUUUGGACGCCCCCCAUCCCCCCAGUAAUUUUCGAACUGUCCCUUACAGAUACUUCAGCAAAAUCAACGGAACUCGUAAACAACCGUUUUAAAGGCGUUCUAACUUCUGUUGUGAGUAGAUCGGUUCAGCUCACAUUCAGCAUGAAUAUUUCAAUCAUGUUUGAUAAGUUUAAUUUAUGUAGAUAAUAUGCCUAAAGCAUCUACAGUAGUCUUUACUUGUAAAAAAAUGAAGUAUAGCUUAUAAUGUGAAUGAAGUAUUUUUAAAAAAUAUAUACAAUCUGGACAUACUACAAUGAGUAACAAUACUGUGACCGGGAGGACCAUGGUCCCGACUAUACCUUCCAUCAUGUUUAUUUUCGGAGUGGUGGGAAAUGUAAUCGCCAUCGUGGUGCUCUGCAAGUCCAGGAAAGAGCAGAAGGAGACCACGUUCUACACGCUGGUUUGCGGUCUGGCGGUUACGGACCUUUUGGGGACCCUCCUGGCCAGUCCAGUCACCAUCGCCACUUAUGUGAAAGGAUCUUGGCCAGGCGGGGACCCACUCUGCCAGUAUUUCGGAUUCAUCCUCCUCUUCUUCUCUUUAGCGGGGCUCAGCAUCAUAUGCGCAAUGUCCGUAGAGAGAUACUUGGCGAUAAACCAUGCGUAUUUCUACAACGACUAUGUAGAUCAGAGACUGGCGGGGUUGACUCUUCUGGCUAUCUACAUCUCCAAUGCGCUUUUCUGCGCUAUGCCUAGUAUGGGUCUGGGACAAGUCAAAAAGCAGUACCCACAAACCUGGUGCUUCAUAGAGUGGCGGAGCAACGUGAGUACUGAUGCCACAUUUUCUUACAUCUACGCGGGAUCCAGUUCGAUUCUAAUUCUGGCCACGGUGAUCUGUAACGUCCUGGUGUGCGGGGCUUUGAUCCGGAUGCACCGGCAGUUCGUUCGGAGGAUGUCGUUGGGGACAGACCCAGGGCGAAACACAGACCCAAGAAGGAGACGCAACUUCGGGAAUCUGGCCGGCGCGGAGAUCCAGAUGGUGAUUGUACUCAUAUGCACCUCAGCGGUGGUGCUCAUAUGCUCCAUUCCACUAGUUGUGCAGGUGUUUCUGAACCAGCUGUAUAAGACUCCGGUGGAGCUGAGAUUGGAAAAGAACCCAGAUCUGCGGGCGAUCCGCUUCGCUUCCUUCAACCCCAUCCUGGACCCCUGGAUCUACAUCCUCCUCCGCAAGGCCAUGCUCCUCAAGCUCAUUGAGCAGAUCAAAUGUAUGUUCUGUCAGAUAGGAGCACGGCGGCAGCAGAGACAGAACUGCCACCAGUGCCCCUCCAUCAUCUCCUCUCGAGAGUCACCCUCACUGGUAUCCCGCGAGCUGAGGGAGGUGUCCAGCACCUCUCAGACUGUUCUCUACCUGCCCGAAGGAAGUGAGACGUACACAGGAAGCUGUCAUCACACAGGAGAGCAGUUUGGGUUCCGUACUUCCUCUGUCCAAGACCCCCGAAGUUCUUAUUCAUCAGGGCAGAGCAAUACAGAGGACGGGAGCAGAGAAGCGACACAUCUAACCAGGGACCUUUCUGGUGUGGCAGGAAAGACCACUCAGUCAUGUGUGAAAGACCAGGCUCUUCAUGUGUCGCUAAGCAAUGAGACAGUACAGGAGAAAUGCAUAUAAGUCUUGUUUAUUUGGAUUCCCAGAAGCGGUUACUUUCUCAACAGCUACUCUAGUACUCCUCAGUCCUCAUAUUAUUGUGAGGUUUCUGUGAGUCAGAGGGAUGCCACACUUACAUUGAAGGGACUGUCUUCAGACUGUCCAAGAUGCCUUCUCUGAGGUAGACAGCUUCUGCUCUCCUAAGGGACUUAUUUGGUUGGUGGAAGUGUUAGUAAAAGCAGAAAUAAACUGGCACCAAGGCUGACUCAUUUGACAUUCUCUCAAGAUGAGGUAUGGCACAUUUAAACAACGUUAAGAAGCUUUUGGGAAGCUAGGUAGAGGGAGGAAGAAGUAAAAACAACAGAGACACAACUGAGAGAGAGGAUGUCUGCUCUGCUUUGAUGUCAAGCUACCUUGACCAGAAACAUCCAUGUUUGUUUCUUUUCCACUCUUCUUGCACUGGUCAGGGAGCAAGAUUGUCUCCAUGGCUUAAAGGCCCAUGACUGUACACUGUAGCUCAACAGUUUAAUCACUAGCUUCUUUCAAUCAUUGAGUAAACUUUGUAUUUAGAGCCGAGGUUGCCAGUAAACAAAAAUUAUUCCGAUGUACAGAAGCGUUAUUAAGAUUAAUUGAAGGGAAUGUAGCAUGGGGCCUGAAGUAACGUGCCAUGAUUGCCAGGACCAAGGAAAAAUCCGUUCUCACAAAUACCUUUGUCUUGAGAAGCUUUGCUGUCUAGAGAGAAACAUUGAGACUGUUUUGCAUCACAGAAUAGAUUUAGAGAGGUUAUAGGGCAGUAAUAUGUGUGUAAUAAACAUUAUCCAUGUGUUUGUCCUUCCGGUGAGAAGUAUGACAAAUUAUCCAAUUAGAAUGCUUUUUAGAAUGCCUUUGUCAUGGAAUGAGUUGUGCCAACAUGCAAGAUAGUUAGCCAAACACAGAUUCUCAGUGACCCACCGCAAUAUUGUCAUUGUCAUAAUUUUGUGACCUAUGCAAUUUCUUCUCUGUGAGAAGAUGCAAGUUAUUUAAUCAUGUCAUGAAAUGUUACAUCAGUAUAACAUAAAUAUGGCAUAUCAGGCAUAUGGCAUAUUUUAAAAUAUGUUCCGGUAUAUCUGUAAAAGGCUUAAAAUUACAGAGGUUUUUCAUUAUAAAUUCACUGUGCUUGCGUUAUAUCCACCCUAUAGAAUAUUCAUGUAAGCAAUACGUUCUGAAAAGGAAUAAAAUGGAUUAACAGUUAUUGAGACCCACA